AUGACAACAACAACAUUACCAUCAGCAAUGUAUACAGCCACUUCGAUUACUACUGUUGCGGCUGCUGAAGCUACAGCAGCAGUUGCAUCAGCAGCAGUAACAGCGUUAACCGCAUCAAAUCCUCAAAGUUCAUUGCAACAACCCGCUGCUGCUGCUGUUGCCGCAGCAUAUUAUAAUGAUAAUAAAGGUUAUCAAAAUGGUUAUCAUGGAUCAUCGCCAUCACCAUCAACAAUCAUGAAUGCAAGAUAUACUUCCACAAUUCCGAAUAAUCAUCAUCGUUAUCAACAACAACAACAACAACCGCAACGUUUAUUUCGUUCAAAAAUUAUUGAAACUGAUCCAAAUUGCAAUAUAGAAUCAACAACAACAAAAUUACAAUCGGAAACAUUAAUAACAUCGAAAACACCCACUGGUGGUGGUGGUAGGGAUUUGGAAGAAGAAGAUAAUUCUAUUGAUUUAUCAUCAACCAAACAUCAACANUCAUUAACACCUAUUGAUAAUGGUAGCAAUCAUACACCACCACCACCAUUAUCAUCAUCAACAUCAUCAUCAUCAUCAUCAACAACAUCAUCAAUGAAUACAAAUUUACAUCAUCAUUCGCAUAAUCUUUAUUCACAUCAUCUUAAUCAACAACAACAACAACAACAAUAUCAUCAACAACAACAACAACAACAAAAAUCACCAACAUCAAAUUCAACAACAUCAACAUCAUCAUCAUCAUUUUUUCCAUGGAUGAAAUCUUAUCAAGAUUCUGGUCAUGGACCAAAACGAACACGACAAACAUAUACCCGUUAUCAAACAUUGGAAUUGGAAAAAGAAUUUCAUUUUAAUCGUUAUUUAACACGUAGACGUCGUAUUGAAAUUGCACAUUCAUUAGGAUUGACUGAAAGACAGAUAAAAAUUUGGUUUCAAAAUCGUCGUAUGAAAGCUAAAAAAGAAAUAAAAGUUAAAUGUAAUUCAACAACAACAUUGACAACAACAAUGAUUAGUGGUAGUAAUGGUGGAACAAACAACAAUAAUCAUACACAAGAAUUUGAAUCAAAUACGGGUAGUAAAAAUCUUCAUCAAAAUCCAAUUCCCAAUGCUGAUAAUGUCGAUGAUGAAGAUGAUGAUGAUGAUUGUUUACAGUAG